AUCCAUUUUCACGCGCAAUCGUACGCUUUUGAAUACUCAAAAUCAUGUUCUUUGUUAUUCCGGUACUGCGCGCAAUCGUAUGCCCAAAAAGGCAAAACGCGCGCAAUCGUACUCCACCGCCGUAAACAGUCAGCAAACCAUUAAUUGCUUUCGUUACCUUUGCGAAAACGCGUCUUAUGUUUAUAAAAAUAAUUCUAUCUUUUAUGUAUUUAUACUCAGUGACUAGUGAGUAGUAUAAAUCAUUAUUUAUUAAACAUUUGUGAAAUACAAUUUUUUGUGAUCUAGAUGUAGAUGUGUUGACAAUUAAUUGCGGUGACUUUGGCGGCAUUAAAGUCUGCUUACGUUGGCCAUAUUCUUUUUUUACUUAUGUAGCCGUAGGUAGUGCCACCAACUUUGUAUUGACACUGUCCAUCCACCGUCGGUGGUAGUCAAAACGUGAACGGUGUCUGUUUUGGAAGUCCCGGCCGCCGACGAAUGAAUGGAUUACAACGGCCUCUGAGGCUGGUUUCACACUUUUUUGGCACAAUUUUUACAAGCAGUCCUGUGUCGGCGUUCAAGUUUUUCUUGUAGUCCAGUAGUCCACCGUCACUACACAAAAAUAUUGGGCAGAGUCGCAGAGAAGAGAUUUAAAAAAUCCGUAUUUUAGGGAUAGACGCAGGAAUUUUGUUUUGGAAAAUGAAAAUCGAAUUUCUUUUUGUAUAUAUACGAGAGACGUAUUCAUGGGCAAAUAACUGCUACCAUGGUGCCAUAUCGUUGCCGUUGCGGCGGCGGGUUGAUUUCGACGUUGGUGGCUGCGGCGGUCUUCGCGUGCGGCGCGGUCGCGGGGACGAUGCAAGUCGAGUACAGCUGGGUGUACGUGGACUAUACAUUUGCCAGUCCGAAUCACCGAGAAUCGGCCAUCAACUCGGGGAAGUUCAUUCCUGAAAACUGUGUCAUACUGGACGUGGACAUAUUUCAAGGGCCAUCUGAAGAAAAACUAUACUUCAAUAUGGGUUCAAAUUCAAAUUCUGCUGUUACCAAACAACGAGUGUUUGUAAUGGUUCCUCGUAUCAAGCCGGGAAAUCCUGCAUCGAUUGCAGAAGUAGUUCCAGGAGAUCGCCCAAGUUCCGUACUAUUAGCGCCGUACCCGAAUUGGAAGGCUAAUACUAUUUCAGAAGACACGAUCAAUUGCGACGAUACGAUUGUUUCAGUAUUUAGAACCAAAAUUGACUAUCUCGGUCGAUUUUGGGUUGUUGAUGUCGGCACAUUAGACCAAUUUGAGAUGACAGCUCGGUCCGUGUGCCCUCCAAAACUUUUGAUAUUUGACUUGAAAAAUGGCGAUAGAGUUAUAAAAACGUAUAAAUUUCCAUCGUCACAGGUAAAAGACGUUUCGUUGUUCACUAACAUCGAAGUCGAUAUCAGAGAUUCAAAGGGCCGUAAUACAUUUGCUUACAUAACCGAUACUACUGCGUAUAAACUUAUCGUGUACGAUUUUAAAAAUGACGAAAGUUGGGUGGUAGAUCAAGCAUACUUCUACCCGUACCCAAAUAAGGCUCAUUUUAAAAUUAAAGGAGUUAACUUUGACUUAAUGGAUGGAAUAUUAGGAUUAGCCUUAGGUCCUAUAAUAAAAAACGAUCGAAAAUUGUAUUUCCACGCAUUCGCUAGCAUCAGAGAAUCGUGGGUGAACACCAACACAUUGCAAAAUAAAUCGAUGUUUCAAAAUGGUUUAAUCGACGGUUCCGGUACAUUCUUUUUGUCUUCGGAAGUUAGAGAAACCCAAUCUAGUGUUGAAGUGAUGACUGACAAUGGAGUACUUAUAUACGCAUCAAUGGACAACAGUUUGGGUUGUUGGAACAUCCAGGACCCAUUUACAACUAAAUACACCCACACGAUAUAUAAGAGUGACGAAGAUUUUCAAUUUCCUAGUGGCAUGAAAAUUGUGGGCGGCAAAGUGUGGGCAGUGUCAAGUCAACUUCAAAAUCAUUUCACAACUAUGGUCACUAAUCGUAAAUCUGUCAAGUACAGGGUGCUGGUUGGUCGAGUUGACGAAUUAAUAAAACGCACAGGAUGCGAUAAGAGGACAAGAUUUGACGACGACAACGACGAGUUUCUAGUCGAAUCGUUUGACGAUAACAUAUUGCACGAAUGGCGUGCGGUACCGGACACGGAACCAUGGAGCUAUUCGAGAAUGUCCAGGGUGUUCGAAGGCAAAAAUGGCGCGCAUCAGACGCCCGUCAAGUCUUUGGUAUUGACCGGAAACGUAAACGUACACGGUCACAGUAAAUCGGCGUCGUUGUCAUACGAUUGCCGUAUGAGUAUGAUCAACGGUCAACUGAAUAACCGCGACUGUUUGGGCAAGUCUCGUCGGAGGAACCGGGUGAGGCGCGGUCCGGGUCCUCAAAGGUGACGCAUCUUUAUAAUAAUUGUCGUUGCCAGUGUUGCCUGUGCGGAUCAUUGUGACGUACAACACGUGUAACGGCUCAUAUACCGGCUCAUAUUUCCAGAAGAAAUUUUUAAACAACUUCUGUGUUAUGUUUUUUUUUUUUUUUCAUAAUAUAUAAAAUAUAAUUUAAACCGCACACAACCUCAUAGGUCAUAAUCAUAAACAAUACAUAAAUGCUACGAUAGUUAAUAUAUAUAUUUAGAGAUCGCGAUUGCGCAACGCGUACCUAUAUAUAUAUAUAUAUAUAUAUAGCGGAAGUAGUAUCACGCGUUGUUUCUAGAUGCUCAUUAGUAUAGGUAGGUAUAUAAUUAGUUACGUUCGUAUAAGUAUGCUUUAAAGUUAAAGACAUAAGUAAGUGUGUACUGAAGAAUACAUUUUACAUUCUAAAUGUGAUUAGUGCGUGUCCGUAAACCGUUUUAAGAAAUCUAGGUGUUUGUAGACGAUGAGAAAUAAUUAUGCAACUAUUUACACAUAUUACCUAUAUUAUAUAUAAUAUAUUGUUUGGGACAAACGUAAAUAAUAUAACCGAGCCUAAUUAGAAUUAUUCUAAUAAUUAAAAAAAUUAAAUUUUUCAUAUUCAAAAUAGCUAACGAUUUUUAAUUUCCAUUUUGUAUACUUUGAUAUAAUAUCUAUCAAGUAUAAUAACUGUAAAUCUAUAAUAUAAUCCAAAAAGUCAAAAAGACUACAACUAAAUAACCCUCUACGCAUUCUAAGCACACUAAUUCACAGAAAUACAUACACAAACCUAAAAAUCAAACUGGUAAUAUAAAAAAUCCUUCUAAAACCCAUCUAGACAUAUUGGCUGGAGUUCUAGGGUAUUGCCAAAAAUUAAAACAUAGGUACAUAAAAUUCAUAUUUAGGAUUUCCCUAAGAAAAAUAACUAACGCCCCUCCCUUUGUUUCUAAUCUUACACUCCAGAAUGACUUACAAAUAACAACAAUACUCGGCGGAACCAAAUUUUUCUACAAAAGAUUUUAUAACAAACUACCUUUCCAUUGUAACCAUCUUAUAAAAAAUGUAUCAACCUUAUCCAUUCCAGGUAAUCCCCAAGACGGAUAAAGCGUAAAUAGUGCCGCGAUCUUCUAAAUUAUCACUAACAACAACAACAAAAUUAACUAAUUAAAAACUCAAGAUAGGUAAUGUCACUAAAGGGUGGCUUCUUCCCUCAAAAGCUUAACAUGUAACUCCUCUCAUCACAUUUGCUUAUUAUUCUAAAUAAGAAUAGAUUGUAAACAUCUUAUAAAAAUGUAAAAAAAAAAUAUAUCCAUAAAAUAGAUACAGUGAUUUAUUACAAUACGCAAUACUGUAUAUCUGUAUUCUUUAAAUAUUUUUAUUAUCAUUACAUUACAUUAAUCAAUAAUAAUAAUUGUGAUUUGUGAACAAGUUUCAAACCGUUUAUUUCAUACAGGAUUUGACGAUCACAAGUGACAACAUAAUACAUUAUGUCUUAUUGGAAAACAAAAUCAUACAAAAAACGAAUGAUUAUCUUAACUCGUAAGGUUAAAUUAAACAUUAUUCAUUAUAAGUUAUGAAUUAUUACUAAUUUCUAAAUAUACUUACCUAUAUAGGCUAAAAUAAAUAUUAAGUUAAAAUGUAAAUUGUAAAUAUAUAAUAGUAGAUAGGUAACAAAUAUUAUAAUCAUACAACAUAACAAUCAAUGCUCAUUAAUUAAACAGUACAAACAAGUAUUAUUAAUUAGUUAUACUUUUAAACAUUUACCGAACAAAUUACAAAUUUAAGCUAAACACUUGAAUAUCAUAAAUAAUCUAACUAAAUAUUUAAUUUAAAAAACUGGGUACAAUGUUACACAGUAUGUACCAUGUUUUCAUAUAAUUACUUAGGUAAUUUAAAAUAUAAGAAUAUGUGUCAUAUAUUAUUUGUACAUUCUAUUAACAUUUAAAUUGUAUUACAGAUGUAUUGUUAUUAGUUUAUUACCUACAUGUUUUCAUAUGAUAAUAAUUUACGACGAGAAAAACUCUUAAUUUAAUUUCUUAUACAAUCCACAUUACCUGUAAUUGACCCAACUUAAUUAUAUUAUUGUAGAAUAAUAUGUAAUAAAUACCCAUAACUCGUUACCAACUCCGCUACUCGUAUAGUCAUUAAUUAUUAGUGUAUUACUUAUUAUAUUUAUUGGCUUUUAAUUUUUAGCUAUUGUGAAUAAAAUAAAUUUUUAUCGUUAAUCUUAAAUUAAUAUUGCAAAAUAAAUAUUGUGUACAUAAAACUACAUAUAUGUUAUAAAUUAUAAAAGUACCUACUCAAAGUAUAUACAAGUUAAUUCAGUGCCGUAUUAACGCAGAAAGGUAGGGGGUCAUGGGUCCGGACCCCCCUCCAUUGACCCCAUAAAUACCUA